AUGGCUGACAGCGCGCCAACACUCGCGACGUGCACAACAACGUUUGAUGACAUCUCAAACAACUAUGGUAUUGUUGCUGGCCCUGUGUCAGGCUCAGCGCAAGUAAUCGCUCCACCUCGUCCGUUCGCCAAAAUACCCUUUCCCCGCGAUUCCAACUUCGUAGAGCGAGGGACGAUACUCGAUCAGGUCCGCCAACGAUGUGCCGUGCCAGGCUUGUGGGCUGCGCUCGUCGGCCUAGGCGGUGUGGGCAAGUCGCAGCUUGCCAUCGAGUAUGCGAACCAGGCGCGUGAGCGAUUAGCUGAGACGUGGGUGCUCUGGGUCAUGGCGUUACUGGCGGCAAUAGGGUUUUGUUCUUACGGAAAGAUAGGAGCAGUACUACGUUCUAUUAAACACCAUGCUCUGGGUGCAGCGUUGAAGGUUGUAGAGCAGCGGGACAUCAUCACCGUGAAGCCGAUGGAUGAGGCCCAGGCGCGGACACUCUUCGAAAAGAAGCUAGAAGGGACUAGGAAAGUGAACAGCAUCGACGUUGACGAGCUCACAGCGGCACUAGAGUACAUGCCGCUCGCCAUUAUGCAGGCGGCGGCCUACCUCGCCCAGAGAGGACCUCGAUGCCCGGUGAGACAGUACCUAUAUGGGUUCAAGAAGAGCGAGCGCAAGCAAUCUAGCCUUCUCAACCGCGACGGGGGACAACUUCGUCGUGACUGGGAGGCAAACAACUCCAUUAUAGUUACCUGGCAGAUCUCUUUUGAGCACAUUCAGCAGACGCGGCCCUCCGCCGCCGAGUUGCUCUCGCUCAUGAGCUUCUUCGACCGGCAGGGAAUACCUGAGGAGCUGCUUCGGAGUCGAGCCACGCAGGCAGUAUUGACCCUGCGAGACUUUUACUUGAUCUCUGUCGAGACGGGCGGGGCAAGCUUUGAGAUGGACUUACUGGUGCGACUAGCGAUGCGGAAGUGGCUAGAUGCUAACGGCCGGCUUGAGCAAUGGAAGCAGCAGUUUAUCAGUGGUCUCUGUGCAGCCUUUCCGACGGGAGAAUAUGAGAACUGGGCAAGAUGUCGGACACUUUUUCCGCAUGUCAAGUCGGCAGCAGGGCAGCAGCCGGAGAGAAACGACUCACUGGGCGAAUUUUCUACAAUACUGCACAGAGCAGCAUGGUACGCAUGGAGGAUGGGAAACGGGACAGAGGCCGGAGAGAUGUCUGUUCAAGCGAUGAAAGCGAGGAAAAGGGCAGCAGAAGCACUGGAGGUGGAAGUCGUGGAGACUUUUAAGGAGAAGCUCGGGCCAGACGACCCCUUAACGCUAACCAGUCAAUGGGAGAAAGCUAAAACGCUGUUUGUGGAAGUGGUGGUAACUCUUAAAAAGAAGCUCGGGGCAGACCGUCCCUCGACGCUGACCAGUAUGGCUAACCUAGCUUCGACGUACAGGAACCAAGGUCGGAGGGAGGUAGCCGAAGCUCUGGAAGUGGAAGCGGUGGAGAUCCCCAAGAAGAAGCUCGGUGCAGACCAUCCAUCGACGCUGACCAGCAUAACCAACCUGGCAUUAACGUACGUGCUGGAGGCAGUGUGUCCAACCGUUAGUACACCUAAUAGUACAGUACUGCAGUACACUGAUUUUGGUCACCCUCCAAAAGGCUCCGUAACUAACGGUUGGACACACUGGCUGGAGGUGGAAGUAAUGGAGACUCGCAAGACGAAGCUGGAAGACGACCAUCCCGACACGCUGACCAGCAUGGCCAACCUAGCUUCAACGUACUUGGAGACUUUUAAGAAACUUGGUGAAGACCAUCCCGACACGCUGACCAGCAUGAAUAAUCUUGCCUUCACGUGGAAACAUCAGGGACGGGAUGCUGAAGCAGCAGCCCUUAUGAGGCAAUGUGUGCAAUCGCGCUGCCGUAAGUUAGGCGUUGACCAUCCUGCAUACAUUCCUUCAUCAACAGCGCUAGCUGAAUGGGAGGUAGAGCAAGUGAGUAAGAAAUUCUUGGCUCUGACCAGCCUAGAUGCACUCGACAGCUAA